AAAUCAUCAAAUACGGAUGAUGUCGGGCGGCGGCUCCUCCAUGCGGAUCCUCAUUAAAGGCGGCCGGGUGGUGAAUGAUGAUGUCACAGAGGAGGCAGAUGUUUACCUGGAGAACGGGCGGAUCCAGCAGGUGGGGCGGGACCUGAUGAUCCCGGGCGGAGCAAAGGUGAUCGAUGCGACUGGAAAACUGGUGAUUCCCGGCGGCAUCGACAGCAGCGUUCACCUGCACCAGACAUUCAUGAACGCACACACACAGGACGACUUCUACAGCGGCACCAAGGCGGCGCUGUUGGGCGGCUCCACGAUGUUGAUCUCUCAUGUUCUCCCGGAUCGCGGCGCGUCUCUGCUGGAUGCUUUUGAGCAGAUGCGCGCUCACGCGGAUGCUAAAGCCUGCUGCGAUUACGCGCUGCACGUUGGCGUCACCUGGUGGGGGCCGAAGGUGGAGCGGGAGAUGGAGGUGCUGGUGGGUGAGCGAGGUGUGAACUCCUUCCAGAUGUUUAUGGCGUAUAAAGACACGAUGAUGCUGAAGGACUCUGAGCUUUAUCAGGCUCUGAACACCUGUAAAAACAUUGGCGCCAUUGCUCGAAUCCACGCAGAGAACGGAGAGCUGGUGCUGGAGGGGGCAAAGGAGGCUCUGGAUCUGGGCAUCAGUGGUCCUGAAGGGAUGGAGAUCAGUCGACCGGAGGAGCUGGAAGCAGAGGCCACACAUCGAGCCAUAACUAUCGGCAACAGGGCUCACUGUCCAGUGUAUUUAGUGAACGUGUCCAGCAUGUCUGCAGCUGAUGUCAUCGGUGCCGCCCGCAUGCAAGGUAGGGUGGUCCAGGCGGAGACGACUGUGGCUCAUGCAGUGCUCUCUGGGAUGCAUUAUUAUCAUCAGGACUGGGCUCACGCCGCUGCUCAUGUCAUAGCUCCGCCCCUCCGGCUCGACCCCAACACCCCCGACAAUCUGAUUGGCCUGCUGGGAAACGACAUCAUUAACGUGGUGGCGUCAGAUCAUCGCGCAUUCAGCACCAAGCAGAAGGCCAUGGGCAAAGAAGACUUCACGAAGAUCCCUCACGGGGCGCCCGGCGUCGAAGACCGCAUGAGCGUCAUCUGGGAGAGAGGAGUGGUCAGUGGGAAGAUGGAUGAGAAUCGUUUUGUGGCGGUGACGAGCUCAAACGCUGCUAAAAUCUAUAACCUCUAUCCACGCAAGGGCCGUAUAAUGCCAGGAGCCGAUGCGGAUGUGGUUGUGUGGGAUCCAGACGCCACACGGACGAUUUCAGCAAGCACUCAGGCUCAGGGUGGAGACUUCAACCUGUUUGAGGGCCAGCGGUGUCACGGCGUCCCAUUGGUGACCAUCAGCCGCGGGCGUCUGGUGUGUGAAAACGGCGUCUUCAUGUGUGCUCAGGGAUCCGGAAAGUUCUACCCGAUGAGAGCAUUUCCAGAUUUCCUCUAUAAGAAGCUGAUUCAGAGAGAAAAGACGCUGGCUGUGCGUGGUGUGGAUCGAGCUCCAUAUUCGGGCGACGUCGCCUCCGUUAUGAGCUCGAUUAGGAAGGAAUCGGGCUCUCCAGAGGGUGACGUUCCCAUGCGGACCGCCGCCACCGCCGCCAGACACACUGGCAUACGAGACCUGCACGAGUCCAGCUUCAGCCUGUCAGGCGCUCAGGUGGACGACCACAUUCCCAAAAGGUCCUCAGCCCGAAUCCUGGCUCCUCCCGGCGGACGCUCCAGUGGAAUCUGGUGAAGAUCUGGAGUUGGUCUCAAUGGCGACUCCUGUAUGUCCCUGUCCUUGUGUGCUUGAAGAUACUAAAUGUAUGAAGUGGAGAAAAUCACAAUCAGAGUCGCAUCCAAAGUGCCAAAAGCUGAAAACUGUGCCACAUUACAGCGAGAGAGAGGUAGCAGAGCAGCGUUUGGACACAUCUGAAAGGUAUCACUAUUGCCAAAUACGACAGUGUUUCAUGUUGCCAACAUCACCUUUAAAAGGGACCUAUUAUGUUUUAUUUACAAGCUGUAAAGUAAGACUCUGAUGUCUCUAGUGUGUGAAGUUUCAGCUCGAAAUAGCCCACUAAUAAUGUUUUCUAACUCUCUGAAACUGACCCUACUUUAAAACUUUGAUCCUAAUUGUGCCAUUUUGGGGGCUGUCGCUUUAAAUUCAAAUGAGAUUGUGGUCUUCUUGAAAGAGGGCGGAGCUACAAAUGCCUGUGCAUCAGCAUAGUGACAGCUUUAAAACUCGACUAAUGUUGCCUUUGUGAAAAUGUAAAGAAGCUCUAAUGGAUAGACAGCUUCUUCUCACUCAGGGCUGUUUAUGCUAAUGAGAGAGAGAGAUGGGCACUAGUGGGCGGGGCUUUCCCCCUCUGAUGACACGUAGUACAAAUGGCGAAUAUCAAUCAAAGUGUUUCUGCAGACUGUUUUCAUCAAGUCUGAUUAUAAAAUAUAGGGUUAAUUCAUGUUGACCAUUAGAGGCUGGAUAUAUUCACACACUGCUGGGUUUUAACCCCUUAUAAGAGUGAUUUUUGCAUAAUAGGCCCCCUUUAAACUUCUGUGUUAUUUUAAUAGUAAAAUUAAAAUGUGUCCAAGCGUUCUUCAGAUGUUUAUCCAAUCAGUCGGGUCGUUCUUCUCCAGAUCACUGUUAAUAAUGUUUGCCAAAAGAGAGAUGAGAGGAUGAAAGCAAGUAUUGUCUGAGUGAUUUAAAUCGUGUUUCCAUAGUUUCUGAGCCAGUCAUAUAUUUUAUUGAAAUCCACACACACUGAUGUUAGUGAUUGUGUUUAUAGUGAUGAAGCCCUUAUAUGAAAACAGUGUCUGUGACAGAUUUUACAUAUAUGUCUUUUACACACACUCAAAUAUAUAUAUAUAGUUUGUUGUUUGUCUUGAUUGUAUAGUAAUGAAAUAUCUAAAGUGAUUGAUUUUAUUAAUGUUAACAGGCUGAUCUGCGUUUAUUCCAACACUAACAUAUUCCACUUACAAAUGAAUUAUUGCUCAACUACAAAUCUAUUCGAUAAACAUUACCACUAAGUUAUAAGAGGAGCAUUUCAGAAUAUUCUGAAUAUAAAUAACAUUCUGAGAAGGGAUAACUUUGAGCAAGUCCUCUAUUAAUAUUAUUACAAGAUCAUAACGUUAAAACAACCAUGUGUGAACGUUCCCUGUUUAAUCAGCAGUUUAUUGAGCUGCACAUGUUCACUGAAACUCAGAUUUACGCUCAUCUCGUGUGUAGAGUCUCGUUUGUGUUCAUUAUUAUUGGUAAAUUGUGUGUUAUUGUUCCUGUUUUGUGUCCUGAUCCAAGCAUGAGCUCCUCCAGUAGGGCUGGUUUUAUUGGUGCUGUUUUUUAAAUGAGCAGUUGUUCAUUGCCGGUCUUGAUUUGUAUGGUUUUGGUGUUUUUCAGGAAAAACAAAGCACUUUGUGAAUCGGUUUGUAUUUUUGUGUUGUUGGACCUGCUGUUGGAAUUAGUCAGUCCUGAAAGUGAAGGCUUGUUUUAUCAAGUGCAAAAAUAAAAUUUAAAAACUCCUUAAA